AUGGCGUUGCUUAUUGCUGUUGCUAUAGUUUUUUGUUGUCAAAGUCAGCUGACCGCUGAAACACCUAAUGUUGUUGUUUCUCAAUAUGGGACCGUAGAUUUCACGACUAUUGCUGGAGCAAUACGAGCAGCCCCGAAUAAGAGUGUCCAACCAUUCUAUAUCAAGAUUAAACAAGGCAUAUAUCGGGAAUACAUUCGAGUUUAUAAAGAAAAGACUAAUAUAGUAUUGAUUGGAGAGGGAAUGGGUACUACAAUAAUAACGGGUAAUAGAAGUUUCAAUAAAGGCAAUAAAAUUGAUGACACUGCAAUAGUGGGUAAGUCUCUCUAUGGGUUUUUGGAAGUGGCUUCACAACCUAAGACAUCACCUUUAGGAAUGAUGCUUGACCCGGAAACACAAAAGAGAGAGUUUGGGAAAGAUGCAACUGGAAUAGUGCUCCGAAAUUGCACUAUAAAGGCUAGCCAAAAUUUGGAGAAAAUGGAUAACGUCAUCACCUAUUUAGGUCGACCAUGGGGUAUAUUCUCUAGGACAGUGGUCAUGGAAAGUUUCAUUGACCACUUGAUAAGUCCUAGAAGAUGGAUUGAACCUAGAAAAAAAUCCAUUGGUCAUCGUCAUCCGUAUUUUCUGGAGUACAAAAAUAGAGGACCAGGUGCUGCUACCCAGAAACGUGUGACAUGGGCAUCCCACACAAUGAAUCCGAACAUUGCAUCAACUUUCACAGUUAGGAAUUUUAUAAAUGGUGACAAGUGGAUUCCUGCCAAUAUCCCUUAUUAUUCAGACUUUUCUUAA